AUGGGGUCGGCAGAAGACGAUCACCACUGCAGUCUUCUUGAAUCGUUACCAGCUCGACCCCCGACUCCCCCCAGGGAGACGGCCAGCCAUGACCUCGACGUCCUCUCCAAGCACUUAAUUGCUCCACAGCAGCUGCUCAGCCAUCCGCGAAGUUUACAGACGCCCCCCGGUGUGCUGUCUCCCACCACUUCGUCUGGAGACUCGACGGCACGGAGGAAACGAGUUGGGUUCUCUUCCCAGGCCCAAUACCAGGAUCCUCCAAUAUACACCGACCCCCCUUCAAGGAGACAGCAGCAGACGCCCCUAUCGCUCCCGUCCAGCAGCUCCAGACCCGUCAAGAGCAUAUUGAAGCAGACUGCUGUGCCAAAUAGGCUUGGUCCCGCAAAUGGGGUGUAUCUGGAUAUCGACAAGCCGGGCCAGGUCAAUAUUGCAGCUAUGCUCGAGUCCACCCUCCAACAGCUCGCUGGAGCUGAUAGGGAGUCUAAAGUCGACGCCUACAUCAUGCUCUUUCGUGCGCUGAAGGCAUCCAGUAACCUCCCCGACCGGAUCGCCCUCCAGGAGAAGAUGGGACUCUUCAUGCAGUUCAUCCAGCGAGAUUUAUCUUACAGGACCCCGACUGGUACUGUUGACAUUCCCAUGGUGACCUCCGCCCUGAAGCUCCUCCACACGUUCCUACAUUUUCCCGGCAUCGCGUCAAGUAUUCCCGUUGAGUUUGGCAUGUUUUUCGUGGAACACUGCGUGCGGUCCUUUGAGGACGAGCAGGCUCCGAAAGAGGUCGUCAGACACCUCAUGCAAGCAUUGUAUCUGCAGAACUUCUCUCUUGAAGUUAUGAGUCUCGAGAGGGUCGGCCGUCUUGUCACUGCCUUGCAUAACAUCGAAAAUCACCUGUCUAGAAAGAGCAUCAUUCAAAGUAGGAUUCACGUCUAUGAGAAGCUGGUUCCCCAGUGUCCGCAGCAGAUGGCGGCACACUCGGACUGGCUGCAGGAUCUCUUCACAGACAUGUUGAGCAGUGCUGGUGAGAUACGCUCAGCCGCCGCAAGACUGGGCCUCGACGCUGCUUUCACCCUCAAUAAAGAUAAGAGACUAGUCGGCCGGGUCCUGGACCUUCUCAAUCUGAGUCUUGAAGACAAAAAAUACGUCGAGCACAUUAUCGAGCGUCUGGGAUCCAUGCUCCAGAACAAGGAUGAAUCACAGUUCGUUCCGCGAAUCUGGAGCGUCAUCACCUUGUUCAUCCCGAGUCCUGAUCAGUGGGAUCGUUUCAAGCCUUGGUUAGACAUCAUCAAGCGUUCCUUCAACCACUCCAACCUCCAGACGAGAAAAGAGGCCAAUCUUGCCUGGAGCCGUGUUACGUAUCGAUUGUUUCUCGAUCGCCGCUUGGACCACAAACCCGCUCUCCGCCUCAUCCGAGAGCCUCUUCUCUCCCAACUCAGACGCAAGGGUCUUCGUGAUUCCGUAUUGGGUGCCAUCCGCAACUUCUACUACUAUGCUCUCAGGCCGGAAAUGAACCUGAGAAUGUUGAAUGAGGUAUGGGAAAUGGGCGUCACACCACUUCUGCAGCGUCUCAUCAACAGUGAGCAGGGAGACAAAGCGAACAUGACACAGGCUGCCGCCAUUUUGACCGGCUUGCUCGACUGUAAGACGAGGAGAGUGUGGAGGGAAGACCGCAUCAAAGACCCCAUGCUGGUCAAGGACGACGAGCUGCCUGCCAUUGAGUCGAAAUGGAUCAGGGCCAAUCCACACCACAUUUUUGAGCUCGUCGGCCCAAUUUUGGCACAUGGGUUCGCCGGCAUUUCAGUAGCUGGUAGCCCAUUCCGGGACUUGUGGCGGGCACUUGUUCAGUCGGUGGCCUCUGCCUCCACCAAAGACGUUAAGCUACACGAUGACACUGCGAAGUUUGUCGCGGAAGCCUUCACCUUCCUGUUGGUAGCGUGGAAGCAAGGUCCACGCCCCGGAUUCAAUGACAAGCCGUGCACCCCCUUGGAGUUUUUGGACAGCACCAGAGAUUUCGUCCUUAUUCUCGUGGAAGGACUCGGUCUUUUGCCCAAUCCCUUCACUGGAAUUCAUUUCGUCCGAACUAAGGAAGAUCAGUUCCUUCCAUCGGCGCCGACGCAACGGUCAGUCAAGAGUCAUGGCUCGAAGCGUCUGCCUUUGCACCAUCUCUUCCUUCUGUUCUGUCACUUGCCGCCCGGCAUACCAGACGAUAAUACGACUAUCCAGUUUUUUGAUUCUACCUUCGCCCCUUUCUUCACCGGCAAGAAUGCGAAGGCACAGGCUGAUCUUGCACAAGAGCUAUUGCGCCUCCUACCCAUGGAUGCACACUGUCCAUGCGGGACAUGGGUCAUGUGCGCUACCAAGAUGUCUGCACCUCUUGAACGUAGCCAGCAUGGCUCUCUGGGUAGCAGUCCUGGGGCGGGGAGUAAUACCGGGCUGGAGUACCGUGAUAUGGUCAAGCUUUUGGAGCGUGGUCUCAAGUCAAGCCCAAAUCUUCCCUGGACCCACUGGAAUCGGUUCUUCCAGAGGCUCACUUCUCGCCUGAGAGAUGAAGUUGGCGAUGCUGGUGUCGCGGUCGCUGCGGUUGAACAGCUCGCAGGUACUAUUGAGGAUAUGUCUCUGGAUGAGCACGCGGGUGGGAUCCAGACACGUCAAUUUGACGCAGCAAUCGAGAUAUUGGCUGUUUCCACUCAUCCUCGGGACAAGCAGGCCCUUGAUGCCGCGAAGAGACGUCUUUGGGGCUCAUCAAACGCCGGCGCACGACAUCCUUCGUUUGACCCAUUUGACAAUAUGUACAGGCUCCUCGUCAGCGUGCUGGAGAGGGUUUAUGGCCACAUUAGGUCCUGCGAUUUGGAUCGAGUCACAAAGCUCUUGAGUGGGGUGGAAAGCUUCUUUGAGCGCGCUCAUCCUCAGCUCGAACUUCGAGCUUUGAUUGCCAUCCAGACAGGCCUCAUGUGCUGGCUUGAGGACGAGGACCAUCGCAUCACCAAAACUGAUAUUCUUGCUCAAACAAGUGCGGACAACCUGCACCUAGCCACCAUCGAGCCGCUAUUCUGCGCUGCGUUCCGCAGUACUCAUCGUGAGAUAAUUCGCUUUACGGCAGAGGCGUGGAAUCGAAUUUAUGAAGACAGAGAGCAAAUUGACUAUCCCGAAGCCCUCAAGACAGUGCUUGCAUCACUAGGUUCCGCUGUCGAAAUUACCCGCCCUGGAUUGGAGAUACCCGACGCCGAGGAGAUCCGCCAUAACUUUAUCGAAUCUCAAGACGAGAUCGACACCCUGUCCGUAACGCCUCUCAGAAACCUACAGCCGAUACCUCAGCCUCGCCCUUCUGCAUCCCGCCCUUCUCCCGCUCAGGUCUUGAACGAUGCAACCGAAAUAUUCAACGGCAAAGAGCAAAUAACGCCCGAAGCUAGGACCAAGUCUAAAGGACACACCCCGAAGCCGAAGCUCCGUCAUGAGGACUCCCAGCUACAAUUUGCUGCUAUCGAGUUCUCGCCCAUUAUGAUCGCCCAGGAAUCUCAAUUACUCACGGACCGACAGCAGGAAAUCCGGGAGAGACAACAGGAGACUGCUGCCAUGUUCCCGGAGAUACGGUCUAGCCCAACUGAGAAGACGAAGAAGGCACAAUCAGCCAAUGUGCAACAGCCCUCUGUGUGCACGGAAUCACUUCGCGCACUGACCCCGGAACGUGAAGGAGACUAUGAAGAUUGUCUCACCUCAACUCCAACACCACGGCGAGGGCGGCCUAUAUCACUUCCGGUUCACGACCAGGAAAUGACCGAUCCGCCGUCCUCGCCGCCUGAGCCAAGAACGUAUCGCCUCCUCGCCGAACUCAAGUCGCAAGCGACAAGCAACAAGUCCCUGGUAGACUGGCAAUUUUCAUCAUCCCCUGUUUCUGGGUCUCCC